CCUACCUCUCCCUCCCCCCUACGAAUGUGCUUUGUGUAAAUAGGUCACGUGGUCCAUCGAUGCAACGGCAUGCUUUGCUGUUGCUCGCUCUGAAGUAAACUGGACAAGAAAUGGACGCUGGUUUCUUUCGGGGCACGAGCUCCGAACAAGAUAACAGAUUUAUCAAUAAACAGAAAAAAUUGUUGAAACAAAUGAGAUUUGAUGAUUCGCUUAACGAAAAGGUUGAUAUGGAAAAAGUGAACUUGGACACUAUAAAACCAUGGAUAAGUACUCGUGUGAUAGAGCUAUUGGGUACUGAUGAUGAUGUCUUGUUGGAGUUUAUUAUUAAUAUGCUGGAGAAGGAACAGCAUCCUGAUCCCAAAACAAUGCAGAUCAAUCUGACAGGAUUUCUAAAUGGAAAGAACGCCAGGGUGUUUAUGAAAGAGCUGUGGGAACUUUUGCUGAGCGCUCAGAAUAAUAUUGGUGGCAUUCCAACCAUGUUCUUGGAGAAGAAAAAAGAGGAGAUUCGACAGAGAAAGAUGGAACAGGAGAGAAUCCAGGCGAACCUCAGUGAGAAACUUGACACUACUGAACAACUUGAACCAGACAGUACGAAUGCGGAGCGAUUGGAGAACGAAGACAAGGAAGAUGAUGAGAGGAAGAAGAAAAAUGAAAGCGGAUCUGAAUCUGAUGAACAUAACAAGAAUAAGAAUUCCGGUGUGAUCAGUUCAUUUCAGACGAGGCGCAAUCGUUUGGCGUCUUCUAAUGCGCCCACGGUCAUACCUUCCAAACGCAUCAAGGCCGGCUGGCUCGAAGAUCAUAUGGGUUUUAAGAAAUUAGUGUCACGAGGAGCGGACCCUGACGUCUUACUUAUCGGGGAUUCUUUAGUCAAAGGUCUAGCUCGUUAUCAGAGUGUUUGGCGAAAACAUUUUGGCGACAUGUCAUGCCUUAAUCUUGGUAUUGGUGGCGACCGCGUACAGCAUGUACUGUGGCGCUUGAAGCACGGUGAGCUGGACUGCGAUCCUAAGAUCAUCGUUCUUCAUUGUGGCACCAAUAACAUCGGCAAGGAUUCUCCCAAAGAGAUUGCCGAAGGUCUUCUAACUUGUGUUGAUCAGAUAAGCGAAGAUUGCCCGCACACCCGGACUAUCGUUACCGGCUUAUUACCCCGGGAUCUUGAACCCUCCGACUAUCGUAAAGAUAUUGCCGAAGUGAAUAAAUUGUUGAUGGAGAACAUCGAGUUUAGUGACGAAAUGAAAAAUGUCUUCUUUCUCGAGACCGAGAAGGACUGGAUACUAGAAACAGGUCGCCUGAACGAAAGCCUCUAUUUCACGGACUGCCUGCAUCUAGUGGAGGCGGGCGAUGAAAAAUUUGCCAAAGCCAUACGGGGCAAAAUCGACGAAGUCCUUAAGAAUAUCGAAAGCACGAAGGAGAAGAACAAAGAUAAGAAAGAUAAAGAUACAAAGAGACGAAGGAGAUCCUACUCUCGCUCUGAUUCUCGUUCCCCAUCCUCCCGUCGUCGCUCACGUUCGCCUUCAACUCGUCGUCGCUCGAGGACCCCACGUAAAAGGUCGCCAUCUCCUCGUAAGCGUUCGCCACGUCGACGCUCCCCGUCACCAAGAAGAAGAAAACGAAGUUACUCCAGAUCUCCUUCGAGAUCAAGAACGCGUUCGCCUGUCCGUCGUAGAUCUCCGCCUCGAAGAUCGUACUCACGACGCUCUCCGUACAGAUCCCGAAGAUAUUCACCUCCCAGACGUUCACCUCCGAGACGACGCUCCAGAUCACCUCGACCAUCUCGAAAAUCGCGUUCCCCCUCUCCUCGACCUGUUCGUCGCGGACGUUCUCCUUCCAAGUCUCGGUCUUAUUCUUCUGCAUCUUCAAAAUCGUCGCGGUCUCCUUCGGUUGCGAAAGGAGAAAAGAAACGGAAAGACAAAGUGGAAGUUGAAGCCAAGAAAGAGAAAGUCCGCGAGGAAAAUUUUGAAAGUGAGAAGAAAGUGGAAGAAGAUGAUGAAGAACAAGAAGAUAUUGACUCGAAGAAAGAAAAGAAGAAAGACACAAAGAAGAAAAAGAUCAAAGCAAGAGAAGACAGUGAAAGUGAUUACUCAUCAGAUACCAAAACAAAACCGGAUAAAGAUUCUUCAAAGAAAAAUAAGAACAGAAAUUAUCGUCGCCAUUCUCCAACGUCUUCAGAUUCAGACCGCAGUGAUCGGGAACGCUCGCCUGACCGUCGUGAUCGCCGACGUCGACCGUCCCCCAGACGUCGAGAGUCUUCACCGCGCAGACGCAGAAACAGCCCUCCCCGCAGACGGGAUUAUUCGCCCCCACGAAGAAGUCCUCCACGUAAAGACCGCGAACCUUUACGUCGUCGACGAAUGUCUUCCGAAGAUGACUCGAGAAGACGACGACGCCAAUAUUCUAGAUCACCGAUGAGACAGAAGAAACGCGAAAGAUCUCAAUCGCUUGAAUCACCUCCAAAAAAACGAGCACGAAGUCCUCCUCAGAAAACCCGCAAGGCUUCUUCAUCGCCCUCACCACAGCGAAAGGAAAAACCCAAACCCAGAAAACAACGCGAGCCUUCAAGUUCUGACUCCGAAAGAUCCCCAUCUCCUCAACCUAAACCCACUUCUCAAUCAAGAAAAAACUCCAGGAAGACUCUCCUUCCCGCAAGCAAAGACGUAGAGAAAGCCCGGAAUCAGGCAAGAAACAACGCAAAGAGUCUCCACCUAGUCGCAGGAAACAUAGAGACGACUCUCCGGAAGUGCUUACCCGGAAAUCACGUGAAGAACCGACAGAAUCACGAAAAAAAGAACGCGAUGAUUUGUCUGAAAUCCGCCAAAAACGUCACGAUGAUUCUGUCGAUAAUCGUGGUAAAAACAGCGUCGGAAGUCUCCGGAAGAUUCGUCAUCCGAAGCAGAUGUAGUGGAAAAAUAUACCGAAGAUACAUCGGAGAGAGACGAAGAUGUGUCUGCGAAGAAGAGCCGAAGAUCUGGCGAUUCGUCUGGAAAGAAAAUGAAAACGGCACGACCGGAAACGGAGAUGCAACAGGUAAAAUCCAGAAGAUCUCCGCCACCAAGUCCUCGUCGUUCCAGUCCUCCGCCCGAGCAAUCAGGUGAUGUCAGAAAAAGAGGAAGAAGGUAAAGAUGAGCGAAGUGAAGCAAACGUUGACGAGGAAGCUUCUUCAGACGAAGAAAGAUAGAAAAACAAAACGUCGAUCCGCAUCUCCACCGGCAGAAGAUAAGGAAAGCUCGGGUGAGGAAAAAGAUGAAAAGUCAGAGUAGAAAGACAGAAAA